GCACAUAUUGCUCACUAGGUUAUGAGUAUCGAGUAAUCUAGUUGGCAAGCGUUGUUAACUUUCAACUUGAUGACAGUGCGGACAUAACGGGAAACGAUUGAUCGAUUGACAUCUGUAAACAUCAGCAACACGACCGCAUCCACGGUGGAGGAAAGCUUUUGGUUAAUGUAGUUUAUUCAUAUAUUUGCAUGACAUUUUUAUUUCGGCUAUUGUCAAACACAAGCAGCUGCACUAUAUAUAAAGUACUUAUUCCAGUUGUGUAGAAAAACAUGGACAGCUAUGAGGAAUUCUGCGCGCGCAUUCGAACUGAACUGCAGUCAGAAGUGAUGCAUCAGAACGCCUGCAGUAGCGCACCUGCUCAAAGGGCGGCGCUGUCUGUCAUCUGCUUUCACGCGAGGACAAUUCUUGCUCCAGUUCUUAAUGAGAAGCAAAAAAGGGAGAUGAGUGAAUACAGGAAAAGAGCCACACAGCGGGAGGCAGAGAGACAGAUUCAUUACAAAAAUAAUAUCUUCAAUCAGAUCCAGGCCAUUCUUUUGACCAGAAAGGCACCAAAAAUAUUGGAAGUCCCCAAUCCUUCAUCACAACAUGAGUCUCCUUUCCCAAAAACAGAACACCAGAAUGGCUUUACAAUGCCUGACAACUUAAAACUUACACCUGGUGGGGGCACAGAGCCAUUCAUUUUGGCCAGUAAACAACCAGUAACUCCAUCAGCUGAAUUCCCUGGGGUUUUUCAAGGAAAAGCUGUAGAGGAAAAACAAAUACAAGAGGAGAUUAAAACAGGAGUAAGUCUACAGAAUCUACUGAAGAAGUCACGUGAAUUUAUAGAAAAAGAACAUGGUCGACAGGGGUCAAAGGUCGACAGCAGCAAGGUGGUGGAUCCAAAGGGGAUACUCUCAGAAAGUCUAUCAGAUAAAGAAAAUGCUGGUUCUUUGAAUGGGACUGCCUCUGGUUUACCCAGUUACAUACCAUGCUGUUCUCCACCAGAAUAUACAUCACCCAGUAAUUUGAUUAGCCCAGAAACCAAUCCUAAUGGCAUUAUAAGUGCCAGACCCCAUCGUGGGCGCCCCCGUCCAAUAUCAGUUGGCAACAUUUUCUUUUCUUACCCUGACAACACUAAUCAAUCAAAAACGACUGCCAAUGUUCUGCCACAGGAAGUCAAAUCCAUUGCAACACAAGAUUCUUUAACAUCAAGUCAUGAGAGAAGGCUGCUUGGAAUGGAAAGUGUGAGUAUGAAUCGAUGUGAUGGCCAGUCCAGGUUCAACAUGGUGAAUGAUCCCAUCGGAAGAUUAGAAACAUCUCCAGUGGACCCUGAACUCACAAGCCCGCUGUUCCGGAGGAGAUGUCACACAUUGGAUAGCCAUUUGUCUUCACGUCAUCAGAAUCCGCUCAUAGACAGGAGCCAGGAGAGAAUGCCUCGGUUUAUGGCUGGGGUCACUGCGAGAACACCGACUCGACUCUCUCCUCCAUCGCCAAUGAACAAGACGUUCACACCAGAGAGUCCUGUAUCAGCGUUUAUAGGAUCUGGUAUCAGCCCAGAGUCUCCUUCUCAUGCCAAACUACCAUUUGAAAUAGAGGGAAAUAAAGUUAUUAGUACAGCAUUAAAGGAAAGGAGAACAGAUGAGAUGCAAUGGCAAGUCCAUGCUUUAGAAGAAACACACAGGUCUCUGGAGAAAGACUAUGCUUUUCGGAUGCCGUGUUUUGUGCCAGAGCAAGAGAGAGAACAACUGCACCUCACUCAGGAGUUGGAGGAGAGGGUUUGGAGAUGGAACGGGGGUCAGGGUGGUCUGAGCCCUGGAGCGGGCGACGACGAGUGUGAAUUAAGGGCAGCUGGUGAGCGUUACCCGAUACUCAGCCCCAUGUGCCCUAUUAGCCCUGGAGACAGAUCACCAAGGCACUCUGUGCCUGCCAUUGGUUUUGCAUCUAUGAGUUUGGAUGUGCCCUCACCCUCAAUACAGGCUCCCAUUUACAUAAGAGGACUAAAUCACAGCACAGAAAAGAGUUCUAGAAACAGGCUGAGCCAGGUUAUAACAGCAAAGCAGCAGAGGGCGCUGUGUCGCCUCAGUGCCAUCGUGAAGGGUUUCCUGACCAGAAGACUGCUCAAAACUGACAAAAUCAAACACCUGUGUCAAACUGUACAAGACACUCAAGAGUUUAUUCGCUCAUUCAGAAAUGAAGCUCCUCAGAGAAAUGAGCCCUUAUCAGAGCAAGAUCUUUCUCUGCAAGAGCGAGUCAGAGCUCAGUUACGUGCAGCUUUGUUUGACAUUCACGAUGUGUUCUUUACAAUGACACUUGAGGAGCGUUUGUCUCUAUUACAACAAGACCGAGAUCUUCGCACCGAGAGAAAACUCAGAGAGAUGGAAAAGGCUAAAAGCACGAAGGACAAGAUGAUUUUGUCUGCUGCCACCCAGAAAUCUCUUGAUAGAAAGAAACAGAGUAGACUAGGUGAAUCUCCAGGUCAGACCAGGAGAUCUCAGAAGAACAAGAGUCCUCCUACAAAAAGGAUCCUGCAGCCCAGUCAGGGCCAGAACGCUCCAGUUUCAGUCCAGCAGCUACCGCGACGCGGGAGUUAUAAAAAGACCCCAGCAGAUAGAGUUCAGCAUUCUGAGAGACUGAAGAAACAGAAUUCCCUGGGAUAACCUCAGAUCUAUUACUCUGGACAGACACAGUCAUGAACUGAACGUGCUUCCACGACAGAGCCGACCUGAAGCUAAACUAUAUUCUUUGCCUAGUCGCUAAUUUAAACAUUGUGAAGUUCAUAAGACAACACUGAAUAAAGAUAGUUUACCUGCUUGCCAUGUUAUAGAAUCAUAAUCAUGAAAUACUGACAAUAUCCUUUUAGAGGCUUCAAAUGAUCAGAUUAUCAGAUGAAUAAGUUGUACUCUUAGUAUCAUAUUUUACAACAUCAUAUGUAACAUUUACCUUUAUGCAUUUGGUAGAUGCUUGUAUUUAAAGCAACUUAAUCAGUUUUUAAUCAGUUUGUGUAUUCCCUGGGAAUCAAACCCAUGACCCUGCCAUUGUUAGCACCAUGCUCUACCAGAUGAGCUUCAGGAACACUUAUAAUUUAUGUUUAGAUAUAUGCAAAGAUAUAUAUCUGUACACCCACUUUAUAUUAGGUGUCUUUAACUACUAUGUACUAACAAUAAAUGACAUAUAGUACAAUAUAUUUAUUGUGUAACUUCAUGUUGUUCUGCAAACUUCACAUUUGUUGCUAAUGAGGUUGAGGUACGGGUAGGUUUAGGGUUAACAGUUUAACUACAGAUAUAAUUAAAGGCAAGUACUUUAAAUUGAAGUACAAUGCAAAAACACAUAUGUACUGUACAUAAUAAAUACAUUGUAUCAAAUGCUUAAUUAAAAUUCUCA